CGCCGCAAGUCGUCUACGGCGUUUCCCCCCUCCCGACGCGACGCGAGAAGACUCUGUGAGAAAACAGAUUCAUGCGGUGUAAAUUAUUUUAUUAUCAUCCCGAAAGAAGCAGUAAAUAAAAUUGCGAGAGGCGGUUUUAAUGCAUUUUCCCGCGGUUCUCCGUCACGGUAAUGUAUCUCCUUAAUGUACGCGGCGCGUAUUUGCGAGAAUCGUAAACGACCCCAUAAACGCUCAAUUCGUUCUCGAAAGGACGGCUUGACUUGUGACGGCGUAAUUGAAUCUUCAUAGACUCCCUCGAGAGAGAGAGAGAGAGAGAGAGAGAGAGAGAGAGAGAGAGAGAGAGAGAGAGAGAGAGAGAGAGGGAGAGAGCCUGUCAUAAUUAUGUAGUACAAGACCUCCACGGCACUGCAUUAUCCAAGGAUGACGGUCGUGACUCGGUAAUUAAUCGGCCACUAGAAUUUCUAGAAGGAGGAUUCUGAUGAACCCUACGAGCCUGCGGUAUUUAACCAUAAUAAUCGCUAGUAUAAAAUUGCUUAAUCGUUUUGUCAAGCGUUCAGACAUGAUGUGUGUGUUGAAAAAUUUGCAGAAAUUUAUGAUACUUUUCUCUCGUUUAAUCCUUGAACGAUGCCGUUUUAUAUUAGGGACGAGCGUGGCGCACGAUCGCGUCGAGCCUGUAAAAGUCCCACUUCCCUCCAUCGCCAAUCGCUGGUCUCUCUUAACAAUCUCCCGUAAUUGGUACUUAAUCAUGUAUCCACAUGUCAUAAUUGACUUUCGGUCGCGGCGGCAGGAAGUAAUCAAAUUCCCUGGCCAUCGGGGAAGGCGCGUUUCUGGAAAAGAGAAAAAAGACUCUCUGUCUCUCUCUCUCUCUCUCUCUCUCUCUCUCUCUCUCUCUUUCUCUCUCGUGAAGCGCGGUAGGCGCGCGGUUCGCACGGGCGCAUCGACGAUUACCGGAAGUGUCGAUCUCGCGUGGCGAAACGCGCCUUGGGCGCCUGCGGUACAUCACCGGCCUGCGAAGGGCCGUCGACCAGGGGCCUCGGGACCGGUUGUGACGUAAAGGUCAGGGGCAUCGCGCGCGCGUAUGCGGAAUAAUUUUUUCCCGCGCCUCCGCGGAGACACGACCGACGUGCGCGUACCGUGAGAUCGUUAAGGUCGUUCGUGCUACCCAUAUUGCAUAUCUUGAUCGGCCGCUCGAUAUAAAUCGACGCGAAUUGGAACACGAGAAUAUGCGCCGCGAUCGUAGAUUGAGAUAACGGGGAGAGCUUAUCCUUCGGCCGAAGCUAUUCGAUUUCGUAGCAUGAGUCUCGUUUUGGACCUUGGGCUAUCAACGCGAUACGAAAGAUUGGAGAUGAUUACUUCUUUAUUCAACGUUAUGUUUAUGACCCCUUUUUUUUUCAUUUCACGAAGUACAGUAAUCCAGCGUUGACUAGUACCGUCCUUGCGCAUGCUUAUUUUACCGUGACAAUCCAAUUUGUUUUUGAACAUAUCGAUGAAGUAGCUCAUCUGUACGAUCUGCGUCGGAUCUUGGCGAUGAAUAUAAUUUUUCUAUUAAUUUAAUAUUCUCAUCUCACAUAAACUAUGGCCAAUUUUUUAAAUUAUAUUAAACAUUAUCGAUCAUAAAUUUGCAUCGCUGUUUUAUGAAAUGAGUACUAUUCUCAACGUUCUUCGUCUCGUUCUAAAAUAAUUUCUCAACUUCAAUAAAUUUUUUAAUCCUCAGACGGCGGGCUGACAAAUUUUUCAGCGAUAGAAUCAAAAUUAUGCUCGGUAAAAAUAUUAAAUGUGGAAGGAGUAUAAAUAAAAUAGCGUUAAUGAAUUAUCAAUUUACCACCAUCUCCCGUGCUUUUUCAUAUUUUACUGAAGCCAGACGGCUCGCAGAUGUUCGUGCCAUUUCAAAAAAAAAAAAAAAAAAAAAAAAAAAAAAAAUGGGUCGCGCGGCCUACACGAGUCUGAGAAACCCUGUUUUCGUGCCCUUUGUCCCGCUCGCGGAUAUAAAGACACCACCACGUAGUCCCCGGAAAUCCGAGUUUCUCAGGUAGCCCGUGACCUCCCAGCGAGACGAAGAAAUCCGUCCUCCUUCCGCGCGCGUGCGCACGGGCGCAUUUCUUUCACCUUGGCAGUCGCAUUAAUCUUCGUAACAGUGCAUCAACCUGCCUACCGAGCGCGCCUAAGCGCAUUCCUCAUUGUUAGCGCGCGCGACUUUGCCACGACGUGUGCAUCUCGUGGGUGCGGGAGAGAUCGCCGUGGCGAGGCCACGGGGCCGCGGUGACGGAGAGGGGAGGAUGAACCUUUGGCCUCGGUGCAGGCCACGACGUAGCUCUCCUUCCCCCUGGCGAUCUCCCAAUGGAGCUCUAUUAUACUCGGUGACCUCGAACCCCACGAAACUAUACGCGCGGGCUGAUCUCGGGCUCCGCUCGGCCGUAUAUAUACGAUGCCUGCAUCCCUGUUAUCGCAUUAUCGUGAUGUAGGCUGGGCAAAUCGGACGCGCCUGAGCGGGAAGAAAGUUGGUCAGCAAACCCUCGGCUCGGUUGUGAAACCGAGUGAAUUACAGUUGCGCGCGCGCGCGCGCGGAUUUACGUAAUAAUGGCAUCGCUCGGAUUCUCGGAGCGGAGACCGUGCCGGUCUGACCGUCAAAGGGGGAUAAAAGAAGUCCGGAAUGGAAUUUCCAUUGGCUCUUGUGGAAAGCCGAAAGACCUAGAAAAACAAAAUGAAAAAUACAAAUACGAUUGAGCACGCGGCUUAGCACCGCGGCGGAUUGGACUCUCUUGUUCCAGAAUGCCUCUCGCGGAAUUAAUGCUCUUCACGCGCGCGAUGAAAUUAAGGGCGACACAACGAAAACGGCCGGGUUUCAGAAAUUACCUGCAUUAGCGUGACGCGUCCCGCGCCACGGGCGAGGGAAAGAUUGAUUGUGAGGUAACGGAAAGACGCGCGCGCGCGCGUUCCAUUUUCGACGCAUGACGGUCAAAUUUAUUUCUUGCGCGGCGCUGUCAUUACCGCGAGAUGAAUUGUUCGCGAUAUUAAGGAGAGAGCGUGAAAAGCCGAUCUCCGCGAGAGCCAGAGGGAUGAUGGAACCUGUCUUCCCGCACGAGAAGCGCGACGCGGGGGGAGCAGGAUAGAGUCACACGCGGGAAAGAAACGAGAGAGGAGAAACAGCCAGCCGGACGGACGGACGGACGAACACGGGGGAAACCAGGAAGCGAGUGAAACGCGAGGAAAUCGCGCGAGGCACUCGCACCGGUUUUUCCCCCGCGCGGAAUCGUCUUCCUCCCGAGCUUCCCGCGAGCGUUAAACUCGCUCGUUCAGCGAGCGGACUCCCCUACACGCUGAUGAGCCGUGUAACUGGAGUUAUUAACUCUACCCUCCUAUCGGAAUAUCUCUCCGGGAAUUAUGCCGGAUUAGCGUGUAUCCGAUCCGCUUGGAAGCGAUGAGAUUUCCGCGCGCGCGCGCGCGCGCGAUUGCUUACAUUAGUACCCGAUUUGCUUCGCCGGAGAAGCAACGCGCCUCAUUUCCGUGUUACGUCCGUGCGCGUUAUCAUUUUAAAUUGUUUAUACAGAGAGGGAGCGCGACGCGAUUAUUCUCCCCGUGGAAGAAACUCGACGCUCGUAGGGAGUUAGCGGGCAUCCCCACGCCCGGGGAACAAUAGCCUCGGUCAGGCUGGCUUUAAUUGCGAGGCAAUUCUGUAACCGAGGUUUUCCUCAUUCUCAUUGCAGAUGGGCUCGUUUGCGAUCGGAACGGUGGCAGCCACCGCAGCCAGCCUGAUAUUCACGGCGCUGUUGGCGAGCGGCGACGCCGCGUUAGCCAGGACGGCGUUCGAGAAGCUCACCGACUACGAUUACCGCGGCACUACCUAUUACAGCGUGAGGAAUCUGUCGUUGUACGAGUGCCAGGGAUGGUGCAGAGAGGAGGCGGAAUGCCUGUCCGCCGCGUUCUCGUUCGUCGUGAAUCCCCUGGCGCCGAUGCAGGACACCCUCUGCCAGCUGCAGAACGAAACGGCCGCCACGAAUCCGGCCGCGCAGCCCCAGAGAGCCGCCAAUAUGUACUACAUGACGAAGCUGCAGAUAAGAUCCGAAAACGUUUGUCUGCGACCGUGGGCCUUCGAGCGCAUCCCGAACAAGAUGAUACGCGGAUUGGACAACGCAUUAAUUUACACGUCCACAAAGGAGGCUUGUCUCGCGGCCUGCCUGAACGAGCAUCGCUUUACCUGUCGUUCCGUGGAGUAUAAUUACGUGACGCUCCAGUGUCACCUGAGCGAUUCAGAUCGUCGUACAACGGGUCAGUACGUUCAGUUCGUGGACGCGCAAGGAGUGGACUACUUCGAAAAUUUAUGCUUGAAAGGAAAGGAGGCCUGCAAAGCUCAGAGGAUCUUCCAGAUGCCCAGAAUCGGCGUGGCGGACGACAAGGUCGCGCAGUACGCAGGGCUGCAUUAUUACACCGAUAAGGAGCUGCAGGUCCAAAGCGAGUCCGCUUGCAGAUUAGCCUGCGAAAUCGAGAACGAAUUCCUCUGCAGAUCCUUCCUUUAUCGCGGCGCGCCACAGGGGUCGGCUUACAACUGUCAGCUCUUCCAUUUGGAUCACUGGACUCUUCCGGAUGGGCCCUCGACGUAUCUCAACGCAGAGAGGCCUUUGAUCGACAAUGGCGAACGAGUUGGCACCUAUUUCGAGAACUUCUGCGAAAAGGGCGCUGGACCACUAUCAGACCCGUUGCCGGUCGUUUUUGAAACCACGGAAGAUUCUACGAUAAACAAUCUCACUCGAAAUGACAUUAAUUGCGACAAAACAGGAACUUGCUACGAUGUAUCGGUCGACUGCAAAGACACUCGUAUAGCUGUUCAAGUUCGUACAAAUAAACCUUUCAACGGACGUAUUUAUGCUCUUGGACGAUCUGAGACUUGCAAUAUUGAUGUUAUUAAUAGCGAUCUCUUCAGGCUCGAUCUCACGAUGACCGGACAAGAUUGCAAUACUCAGAGCGUGCGUGACGGUUUUCAGACUGGAAUAUAUUCAAACACGGUUGUACUGCAACACCAUUCCGUGGUAAUGACAAAAGCCGACAAAAUCUACAAAGUCAAAUGCACGUACGAUAUGUCCUCAAAGAAUAUUACAUUCGGCAUGAUGCCGAUCAGAGAUCCGGAAAUGAUCAGUAUCACCAGUGCACCGGAGGCGCCUCCACCGAGGAUUCGUAUUCUUGAUAGCCGAACGCGAGAGGUUGAAACUGUACGGAUUGGUGAUAAAUUGACAUUUAGAAUCGAAAUCCCGGAAGACACUCCUUACGGCAUUUUCGCUCGUAGUUGCGUAGCUAUGGCUAAGGAUUCGAAAAGCACGUUUCAAAUUAUCGACGACGAAGGAUGUCCUGUCGAUCCUUCCAUCUUUCCCAGUUUCACCCCUGACGGUAACGCUCUGCAAUCUAUAUAUGAGGCCUUUAGGUUCACCGAAUCUUACGGCGUAAUCUUCCAGUGUAAUGUGAAGUACUGUCUGGGACCUUGUGAACCGGCCGUUUGCGAGUGGGGACGUGAAUCCGUGGAGUCCUGGGGCAAGAGACGUAGAAGAAGUGUCGCGAACUCGACGGAGGAGAAAGGCGAGGAUAUGACUUUAUCUCAAGAGAUUCUAGUGCUCGACUUUGGUGAUGAGAAGCAAUCUGAAUUCCUGAAGAACGAUGCCAGCAUAGACUUCAAUGAAGCAGAUAAAACAGUAACCAUCGUGGAGCCGUGUCCAACGAAAACCUCGGUGCUGGCGCUCGGGGUAACGUGCGCUCUUUUAGUGCUCAUCUAUAUCUCCACAAUCUUCUGUUACUACAUGAAGAAGUGGCUGACACCUCGCAAAAUGAUGCCUUAAAGGACAAGAAGAAUUUUCGUCUGCCAAACGCGCAUUCGUAAAAGUAAAUAAGGAGGAACGAUAACGGAGGAGUGCGAGAGUUCACACAUACAUUCACACGCACACACAUACUCAUAAGUUAUCAAAAGAUUCAUACUUCGCCCUCUCAUUUCUAUUGUACGUUCAUUUUCAUUAUAUCUGCAACGGAUGAAGCCCAUGCGAAGGAAGAUGAAAGAUUAAAGAUCGCUAUCCAAAAGUGGCAAUCGUAUACUAUCGUAACGCGCGUCUGAACUGCCCUUAAUGCAUUUAGUACUCAACAACAUAUCAUUGAUGACCAUCAUAAGAAGCGAUUAUACGUAUAAUGCCCGAGUGAAUAAUAUUAUCGAUAAUACACUGAUGCUCAUUAGUAUAGAUCAACAUUUUCAAAGGGAUUAUUUAAAAGACGUCAAUAAUGGGACGCGCGAAAAUAAGCUUACACAAACAUUAAAAAUUGCUUUGACCGACACGAUGAUGAGGAUCAUCGCGCGCGGAUCUCUUGUACUACGUAUUGAAAUGCAAACACCUACACGAACCCGAGGUCUCGAACGGAGAGGAUGACUCGGCUCCUCUCGUCCGAAGUAAUAUUUAGUAACGAGCAACACGUGAAUAUCGUAACUUUUUACGGAGGUGACGUGUUUCAAGACAGUCACCGAUUAUGUAACUCAAAUUGAAACAGUGCAAUAUUACAUUUUCGUUAAACGCUAAAUAUAUAUUAGAUGACCGUCGGGAUUUAAUCGCUCGCACGCUACUUCGUGCGUGUACUUGUAACGUAAGCUACUCGUUUCUGGCCGCCAAAAAAAAAUGUGCCGAAAUAACCGUUGAAAUAACAAUCGCGACUGAAUUCUGCUGACGCAAAUUGUCUUUACGUAUGAGGAAAGCUACACAAUGCUACAUCAGCGACUGUGAUUGAAAUUUGAAUGAUGGCUUGCGCAUGUCGGACUCCGGAGGUGUUUGUUGAAAAGUUGGCGACCGACUCUUCCGCACGCAUACAUAUACAGACACACGCAUUACGUAUACAUUACACAUACGACAUACUUCGCGGAGCUCACUCGCGACUAAGGACCACCUUGAAAAUGCAAUGAGUAGAUUAUUUAAGAAUAUUUUUAGAAACAGCUAACUGUGUCCUCUAGUGGCUACUUCUGAUCGGGUUGCAAAGAGAACAGGAGCGAGCGGCGAAUUUAUUAUUUUUUUUCGUGUCGUUCGACAGUGAAAUUUUCGGUAUUGUCUGGACGAUCGAUACACGGCCCCGGUUUUUAUAGUUAACGGAGAUCGAUUUGUAACCCGUAUCAAGACUAGCGGUAUUUAAAGGUUCACGCUUCACUAACGUCUUUAAUGAUACAAGUAGCGUUAAGAUAGCAAUUAAGCGUGUAAGCAUAGACGAAAGAAGGGGAAAAAAAAGAGAUAAUGGCUGAGGAAAUAUUUUCUCGGAUUUAGCGGUUUCGCGAAGCGAUUCAUACUUUUUUAAAAGCGAAAAAAGAAGGAAUGAAUUGUCGAAGGAAAAAAAAACCGAUGAACUUUGUUCACAUAUACGAGUUUCAAUAUGAAUAUCGACAUUAUAGUGAUGAAUUGGUGUCGUAAUUAGCUGAAUAACGGUGAUAUUAAUAGUCGAGUCAAGGAAAAAGUCUCCAAUAUGAACCUUUUGCGUUCGAAGCCGCUAAAGUUCUUUCGAAACUUGCAAGCAAGAGUACCUCUACUCGUGAAACUCGUACUGGUACUGAAACUGGAGGAAAGUAGAGAAGCACUCGAGCAUUCGGUUACUGAGGUGUAGAUAGUCUUCUGCGUGUUUCCGAAGCUCGAGAGCUUCCUCAGAAAUUUUUAGCCGUGCGCGUUCAGAGUGUUAAAGCAAGAAAUACUCGAGGUACAAUGUACGGUCGGCGGGAUAAAUGGCCGAAUAAUUCAAUAAGGACAAUGAUAUCUUUUCGCAGUUUAUCAACUCCACUCAAUUAGUUAACUCACUAUAAAAUAUCUUACUAAAUACUCUUCUCGUUUCCUCAAAUACUGCCAUAAUAAAUACGUAUACGCAAGAGUAUCCAUUUUGAAAAGCUUUCCAAUAAAAAGAAUAUGUAAAUAAAUAUUUCAUUAUAUUGUAUUUUGUUAAUUUAUGGCGUAAAUGUUGAGACGAGAGACAUGUUAACGUGAGAACAUGAGAGUAAGAAUUCCAUUCAAAAAUUUAUUCCUUAUAAAAGUAAAUUUUCAAAUUAUUUAUUUACAGUUAAUUAUUAAUAAAUUAAUAAAUUUAUAUAAAUAUGUAUCUAUUUGUUUGAAAUAUGGCAACGAUGUCGAUUUGGUGUUACGGGUGAAUUUUUUCCUAUCUUAGAAAUGUUAGGCAAUUCAUAUUAUAGCACGCAAUUGGGUGGAGUAAAUUAAGACUUCCGGUUAAGGUGCUUGCUCUAAAGGAGUCACAAACUUAUUAUUCAAAAUUAAAAAAACAAUGGGAAAGAAUUGACAAUUAAAUUUCAUGAAAUUAUUUUUUGAUUUACAAAAUACGUUUGAAAUGCUUAUCGAAAUUAUUGAAAUUCAUAAUAGGUUUACAUCUUACAUAUGUGUUAAAAAUAUAUUUAUUUAUUUAAAAUGAGUGUGACUCCUUAUGGUAUACAAAACAAUUUACAAAAUGUAUAUAUUUAUAUAUAUAUAUAUAUGUUAUUAUUAUUAUUAAGUCGGACUGUGCAGUAGACAUUCAGAAAAAUAAACACACAUACGCAUCAAUCACAUAUAUUUGUACCCUAUUUAUAUACGCGAAUGUUUCAGUAAUUAAACUCAGAUCAGUUUUGACAGAA